AUGAUCCCAAAUCACAAUUCUCCGGCUAUAAAUAGAAGACUCAACCUCCAGGUUUAAGAAUUUGAUUUCUUACUCUCUUAUUCUAUACACACACUUAUCCUCAAAACGAUUACUUAUUCUCACGCCGGAGGGUGGUUACAAGGAGAACCACCAUCUUCUCCUCCUUGUAGCGAGUCACCGGUGUUGUUCGUUUUGCAGAACAUCUUUGAAGAAUCAGUCAUUCGACGAGUGAAGGAUAGAGGUUGAACCAUAGUACACGAGACCACCCGCUGUGAUAGCCUAGUAUUACCCAGUGUUUCAUCACACACACAUACACACAUAUAUAUAUAUAUAUAUAUUAUAUAUAUAUGACAUACAUGCAUGUGUGUAUACCCGCAUCAAAGCACUUCUAGUUGGAGAGUUCCUCCUAUAGAUACUAAAACACAUUCUUCUCACCCCCAAAUUAAUCCAAGAAAACAAGUUCAUUUUCUUGGCAAAUUUAGUCAAUUACACCCCAAAUUUUACUCUUUUGCAUGGUUGUGUAUCCAAAAAAUUGCUCGUGAAAACUUCUUGUUAAGUUGGCUAAUGGAAGAGUUUACAAAGAGAGUACACGAUCCAUAUUUCCAAUCUCAACUAGCAUCCACCACGGUUUCAGAAGACUCCUUGGCAAACCGUGUCUGGGUGCCAGGGCCAGUCAUUGUUGGCGGGGGCCCUUCAGGGCUCGCUGUAGCCGCUUGUCUCAAGAAUCAAGGUGUUAACGCCUUGAUUCUUGAACAGACCAACUGUAUAGCACCUUUAUGGAAAAUGAAGACAUACGACCGGCUACGUCUUCAUCUCCCUAAACAGUUUUGUCAACUCCCACUUAUGCCUUUCCCUAAAGAUUUCCCAACUUACCCUACUAAGCAACAAUUCCUAGCCUACCUUGAAGCCUAUGCAAACAAAUAUGAAUUGAAGCCGGUUUACAACACUACGGUUGUGAGGGCGGAAUACGAUAGAGGGUGUGGGUUGUGGAGGGUGAAAACAAAGAUGGCUGAGUAUGUUAGCCGAUGGGUGAUAGUGGCUACCGGCGAGAAUGCUGAAGAAGUUGUACCGAAGUUCGAAGGGAUGAAUGAGUUCACUGGACCUAUUUUGCACACAAGUUCAUACAAGAGUGGUGAUUGUUUUGAAAACCAAAAGGUUUUGGUGGUUGGGUGUGGGAAUUCUGGCAUGGAGGUUUGCUUAGAUUUAUGCAACUACAAUGCUUGCCCAUCACUUGUAAUUAGAGAUUCUUUGCAUGUGUUGCCACAAGAGAUGCUUGGUAGGUCAACAUUUGGAUUGUCCAUGUCUUUGCUCAAAUGGUUCCCCAUUCGAGUAGUCGACCGGUUCUUGCUACUAGUAUCGCGUUUCAUGAUUGGGGACACAAAUAAACUCGGACUUAGUAGACCUAAGCUCGGUCCGCUUGAGCUAAAGAAUGUUUAUGGCAAAACACCUGUGUUGGAUGUAGGCACGCUCGCAAAGAUUAGAAGUGGCGACAUCAAGGUUUAUCCAGGAAUUAAGAGAUUAGCAUGCAAUAAUGUGGAGUUUGUAGAUGGAAGAAUUGAGAAAUUUGAUGCUAUUAUUUUAGCCACAGGUUAUAGAAGUAAUGUGACUACUUGGUUAAAGGACACAAACUUAUUCUCAGAAAAAGAUGGGUUCCCCAAGAAACAAUUCCCGGAAGGUUGGAAAGGUGAGAAUGGAUUAUACGCUAUCGGGUUCACUAAACGUGGCUUACUGGGUACGUCCAUAGACGCUGUUCGAAUUGCAGAAGAUAUUGCAUGUCAAUGGAAAAUGAACAUGAAGCAUUUCAAGUCGUUACAUCCAGCAACAUAACCACGAAAGCAUAUAUAUGUAGGGGUCGGUUAACGUACAAUAUUCUUUAACGUAUGAUGCGUACGAGAUGAAAUUACGCACGUUAUAAAACUCAAAAACCCUAAUCACGCAUGAUGAUAAACCAUAAUCACGCAUGUAUAAAAUCAGAAAUCACGCAUGGGGUAAAAUCCUAAUCACACAUGUUACAAAACUAAUUACACAUGUUAUAAUUUCAUCUCGUACGUAUUAUACGUUAACAGGUAUUGUAUUUUACAUUUCACUAUAUAUAUAUAUAUAUAUAUAUAUAUAUAUAUAGACUCAAAUAGAUUUUAUUUCAUGUGGUUGUGUUUAAUUAGAUUUAUUAGGAAAUACAUAUGAUUGAUUAGGGUCAUAUAUGUUUCUUUUAAUUGGCAAAGUUGUAACAUAUA